UGUCAGACAUAGAGAGAGAGUCUCCGAUCCCAACCCCAAUUGACAAAGGAACACUUUGACAAGGGUGAUUCCAUCCCUAUUCCCUGCACUACACUUGGAUCAUCCUCCCGAUCCACCUGUACCUAUCCCAUCCAUUCUUGUUCCUUCUGAAAACGACUCCAUGAAUUUUUCCAACAUCCUUAAAUGACUGCUGACGCUGCUCUCUCUCCCCAAAACAAUCCCAAUUAUUGCCCCAAAUCCAAUUUCGAGAAAUAAAGGGCAGGCAAUACUUAGGUUUCUCUUCUCGAUGACCCUUUUCUUUUCUUUCCUUUUCUUUUCUUUGUCUUCUUUACCUUCUCCCCUAAGGAAUUAUUAAUCAAUCAAAUUCACUGUGAAUCAAUCCUAUUCCCAUUCCUAGCUAGCUCUCUUCCCUCUUCCCUCUUCUCCCAACUCCCUUUUCCCUUUCCAGCCAGAACAGACAGCUACUACACAUUCCCAUUUCCCCACGCCACGCUUCUCUUUCCCUCUCUUUCUUAAUUCUUAAUAUAUAUACUGCAGGUUUGAAGAAGUUCUGGCCAUGGCGGAUAUGGCUCCAAAUAAGCAGACAUCUGCUUCCUCCCAUCAAUGGCUGCAGUUCUUGCUUCUUUUUUGUCUUCUGCUAUUCUCUUUUCACUCUGCUAAUUCGGAGCCUUUCAUCGGAGUCAAUUACGGAAUCGUCGCCGACAACUUGCCGCCACCGGAGGCGACGGUCAAGCUUUUGCAGUCUACUUCGAUCGAAAAGGUGCGGCUGUACGGCGCCGAUCCGGCGAUCAUCAAGGCGCUGGCGAACACCGGUAUCGGAAUUGUUAUCGGUGCUUCCAACGGGGAUAUUCCGGCGCUCGCUUCCGACCCUAAUUUCGCGGGUAAUUGGGUGAACUCGAACGUGCUUGCGUACUACCCGGCGAGCAGGAUUAUCGUCGUUAGCGUCGGCAACGAGGUGGUGACGUCGCCGGACCAGAAUCUCGUGGCUCAGCUCUUACCGGCGAUGCAAAAUGUCCAAAACGCCAUCAAUGCAGCAUCAUUGGGCGGGAAGAUCAAGGUGUCAACCGUACAUUCCAUGGCGGUGUUGAGCCAAUCGGAGCCGCCUUCCGCAGGGGCAUUUGGUUAUGGCGCCACCAUGAAAGCAUUGCUGCAAUUCCACAGCGCAAACGCCGCUCCUUUUAUGAUCAAUCCUUACCCUUAUUUUGCAUAUCAGAGUGAUCCUCGGCCAGAUACUCUUGCUUUCUGCUUGUUCCAACCUAACGCAGGACGAGUCGAUUCAGGCACUGGCAUCAAGUACAUGAACAUGUUUGAUGCACAGGUCGAUGCGGUGCAUUCUGCUUUGAAAGGAAUGGGAUCUGAAGACGUUGAGAUAGUGGUGGCGGAGACGGGGUGGCCUUACAAAGGAGAUUCGAAUGAAAUUGGGCCAAGUUUGGACAAUGCAAAGGCCUAUAAUGGCAACUUGAUAAAGCACCUCAGGUCGAAGGUUGGUACGCCACUAAUGCCCGGAAAGUCUGUAGAUACAUACCUCUUUGCACUCUACGAUGAAAAUAUGAAACCCGGGCCAGGCUCCGAACGAUCAUUUGGGCUCUUUAAACCUGAUCUUUCUAUGACAUACGACGUUGGCCUCUCCAAAGGGGCACAGGUUGCACCGGCCCCAGAAACUCUGGCACCAUCGCCGGCAUCUCCUCCACCUGCAACUCCUGCACCGGCUCCUCCCAUGACUCCUGUGCCUACCAUCCCGGUAGCGCCGGUGAAUCCUGCUCCAACUACUCCGGCAACUUCAGUAGUUAGUCCGGUGAAUCCGGUGCCGAGCCCCAUGCCAGGAUUCCGCGGGACUGCAACUUCUUGCAGAUUGCAUCAAUGGUGGCUUCUGUUGAUAUUUGCAGCAAUGGCUGUGGGAAUUCAAGAACAACUACUGUAGUAAAAACGAUUGAUGCUCCUGUAAUUCAAGCAGCAGUGAGCAGUGAGAUACAUAUAUAUAUAUAUAUAAGGACGUGUAGUGUAGGCUAUCUAUUUUCGCAUGCCUAUCCUAGUCUAUACGUGUAAGGAUUCUUUUCAUCUGCUGUUCGAAAUGUGUAUCCACGUUGUAAGAAAGCAUCCAUCUUCAUUCAAUCAGGGCCUUUCAUUUCAA